CGAAACCCAUUUUUUCUGGAGCCAGCAAUAAUUAUAACAGUUACUGAUGGAAGUAAAUUAACUACUACCAGUGGGAUACAGGAAGAGCUCCAUUUACCUCUCAAUUCCCCUCUGCCUGGAAGUGAGUUGACUAAGGAACCCUUUCGAUGGGAUCAGAGGUUAUUUGCUUUGGUUCUUCGUUUGCCUGGUAUUACAGCACCAGAAUCAGAGCAGAUGACAGGGGUACCUGUGGAUGACUCUGCUAUCACACCUAUGUGUGAAGUCACAGGAGGUCGAUCAUAUUGUGUGUGCUCUCCAAGAAUGCUGAAUCAAUGUCUUGAGUCAUUGGUGCAAAAAGUACAAAGUGGAGUGGUAAUAAAUUUUGAAAAAGCUGGUCCAGAUCCCUCACCAAUUGAUGAUGGGCAGGUGGAGAUAUCCAGACCCUUUGGACCCCAGCCUUGGCACAGCUGUCACAAACUUAUCUAUGUCAGACCAAACCCUAAAACUGGGGUUCCUAUAGGUCAUUGGCCUGUUCCUGAAUCCUUUUGGCCAGAUCAAAAUUCUCCAACACUGCCACCUCGCACAUCUCAUCCUGUGGUGAAAUUUUCCUGUACUGACUGUGAACCGAUGGUCAUUGACAAACUGCCUUUUGAUAAAUAUGAAUUGGAACCUUCACCACUGACCCAGUUUAUCCUGGAAAGAAAAUCCCCUCAGACCUGCUGGCAGGUGUAUGUGAGCAAUAGUGCAAAAUAUAGUGAACUUGGUCAUCCUUUUGGUUACUUGAAAGCUAGUACAGCGCUGAAUUGUGUGAAUUUAUUUGUGAUGCCUUACAACUACCCAGUCCUGCUUCCACUGCUAGAUGACUUGUUUAAAGUACAUAAGGCAAAGCCUACGUUGAAGUGGCGUCAGUCAUUUGAAAGCUAUUUGAAGACAAUGCCUCCUUAUUAUCUUGGGCCUUUGAAGAAAGCUGUGAGAAUGAUGGGAGCACCAAACCUUAUAGCUGACAAUGUGGAAUAUGGACUUAGUUACAGUGUCAUUUCAUAUCUCAAAAAGUUGAGUCAGCAGGCCAAAAUAGAGUCCGAUAGAGUCAUUGGCUCUGUAGGCAAAAAGGUAGCGCAAGAGACUGGAAUUAAGGUCAGAAGCAGAUCACACAACCUGUCUAUGGCACAUAGGAACGAUUUUCAACAUCUGCUACAGGGGAUUACUGGGGAAAUUCCUCAUAGACCUCUAGACCUCAAUAUGAAGGAGUAUGCUGGGUUCCAAAUAGCUUUGCUGAAUAAGGAUUUGAAACCUCAGACAUUUAGAAAUGCCUAUGACAUACCCAGAAGAAAUCUUUUGGAUCAGUUAACACGAAUGAGAUCUAAUUUACUGAAGAGUACUCGCAAGUUCCUCAAAGGACAAGAUGAAGAUCAAGUUCACAGUGUACCUAUAGCACAAAUGGGAAACUACCAGGAGUAUCUAAAACAAAUACCUUCUCCACUCCGAGAACUUGAUCCUGAUCAACCACGAAGGCUUCAUACAUUUGGCAAUCCAUUCAAAUUGGACAAAAAGGGAAUGAUGAUAGAUGAAGCAGAUGAAUUUGUAUCAGGACCUCAAAAUAAACAUAAAAGACCCGGAGAACCAAAUAUGCAAGGGAUUCCGAAAAGGCGACGUUGUAUGUCCCCUCUGCUCAGAGGGCGACCACAAACUCCUCCAGUUGUCAAUAACCACACUGGAGGAAAAGGGCCACCAACACCAAUUGCACAAGCACAGCCUGACCUUGUUAAACCCAUUGCUGUUCACAAAACAUCAGAAACAAAUAAUGAAGCUGGAGUUGAUGAUGUCAUUGAGAAUCACGUUACAGACUCCCUUUCAUCAGAUGUUUUCCCAAAUGCUGUGAAUUCAGAGUUUUCACUGUCCUCUUCACCAUUCAAUUCAUUGGAUCGACCGACAGCACAUACAGAGGAUGUAGGCCAUGAACAUUUAGGGAAUAAUUUGAAUGUUGAUGGGUUUUUGGAGAAUCACGAGGAAUCAGGUAGUAAAGAGCAGAGUGCGGAAGAGAGCUUGACAACAUCUUCACCUAGCAAAGGGAAAAAACCAGUGCACUGCAGAAGUUCAAGAGAGAUUAAUAUAGAGCUAAGAGCACAAAUUAUGAAGGAGAUCCGAAAACCAGGAAGGAAGUAUGAAAGAAUCUUCUUUUUACUGAAGCAUGUACAAGGAAGCUUACAGACCCGAUUGAUAUUUUUACAGAAUGUUAUUAAAGAAGCUUCAAGGUUUAAAAAACGAAUGCUGAUAGAACAGCUUGAGAGUUUUCUUGAAGAAAUCCAUCGCAGAUCCAAUCAGGUCAACCAUAUCAACAGCAGCUAAGAAAAUUCACAUGAGAGAGCCACAGCAGGGCACUGCUGUUCUUACUUGCAUUCAUUUUUGACAUGCACUCUUAAUCUCAAGUUCCUGUACCUGAAAGAAUGAGAAGCUGCUCAAUAAAAUGAUGAGAAGUAUCCAUCAUCUUUUUUUUUUCCUCACUUGUUAUUUUUGUAAUGUGAAAAAUACUAUGAAAACAUUUUUAUUUAACUAAAUUGAGAACUUCUUGCUUGUCAUGGACAUAAGUGUCACUUUCCCUCAGGUUCUAUUUUUCUUAAUCUAACCUUCAAAACUAUCACCUCUUAAGGUUGAACUUUGCCAAAAAGUUGCUUUGUAAUUUUCAAAAAAAAAAAGCACAUACAUUAAAAAAGGUAAUGUUUUGUAUAUACAGUUAUUUUGGAUAUAUUAUUGUAAGUUGUAUAAAUGUAUUUUGAAAAAUA